UAAAGAGGGGAUGCGAGGAGGCAGGAGGCUGAGUACAGAGGCUGGAUGGAUCUGAGAUUAUGCUGGGCCGCGGGGAGGAGCGCUCUCUCAAAAGCGAGGGGCACUGUCGCGUAAUGUAGCAGUCCAGACUGAGCAGAGCAGCGAUCAAACAGGGCGCAGCAUCAGGGAUUCAAGGAACUGCAAGUAGCCUACAGGAACAGGCACUAGGAGGCCCGAGGAAGGCAGCUAAAAAGCCUCAACCCAGGGGAGUGGUGUCUGUGGAUGGACAGUGCAGGCACCAAUGGCAUCACAAGAGCUUGUGGAUGCGAGAGACUCUGUCACUGAUAAUCUGAACCCAGUAAUGGAGGGUGCUGCUGUUCCCAGCAGCGGUAAAACUUGUCCUGUCCACACCCCAAGUGGAGAGGACACAAAGAGGGGCUUUCGGAAAGGCAUAGGGAGGCAUAAUGACUACGUGAAGAUUUCUGUGCCAGAGUCCAAGGUCAAUCGUCUGCCAAUGGAGUGGUGGAAGACAGCAAUCGCCUUCUUUUAUGCUGGGUUUAACUUGGUCCUGACCACAGUCGUCAUCACCAUAGUCCACGAGAGGGUCCCACCCAAAGAAAGCAGCCCACCUCUCCCUGAUAAGUUUUUUGACUAUAUUGACAGGGUCAACUGGGCCUUUACAGUGACAGAGAUCAAUGGCAUGGUGCUGCUGGCAAUUUGGUUGAUCCAGUUGUUCUUCUUCAGAUACAAGUCAAUAGCAAGCAGACGGUUCUUCUUCCUCAUCGGCACCCUAUACUUGUACCGCUGUGUCACUAUGUACAUCACCACCCUUCCUGUACCUGGCAUGCAUAUGACAUGUGCUCCUAAGCUCCACGGAGACUCCCAUGCAAAAAUCCAGCGAAUUCUGCGACUGGUAUCAGGCGGGGGUCUGUCCAUUACAAGCUCUCAUCUCUUGUGUGGAGACUUCCUUUACAGUGGACACACUGUGAUGCUCACUCUCACCUACCUGUUCAUUAAGGAGUACUCGCCACGGUCGUUUUGGUGGUACCAUCUGAUGUGCUGGCUGCUGAGUGCUGUGGGUGUGGUGUGCAUCUUGGUGGCACAUGAACACUACAGUGUGGAUGUGGUCGUGGCCUAUUUCAUCACCUCCCGCCUCUUCUGGUGGUACCACACCAUGGCCAACUUACAGACUCUGAAAUGCUCGCCCAACAACUACCUCACCAACACCUGGUGGAACCCACUGUUCAACUUCCUGGAGAGGAACGUCCAAACCUCGGUGCCAUGCUCUUACAGUUGGCCCAUAACCUGGCCUCCUGCCUGCCUUAAGAACCCCUGCAAGAAGUAUUCCAUGGUACAGAGCACACGAGAGGAGUGACGCAACCCUGAUACCCCCAGCAGCGUUUCCUGAUAAUCCAUUGAAGUGGUAUUCCUCCAUUCAGUCUUGUCUACUGGACAGGACAUAUUGAUACCAAAUGCAUAGCUAUGAGAGAAAUGUUUCCGCAAAAAUGUGCCUAGAAGGAUAAUCAUAUUGUCUCUGUGUGUUCUUCGUCAGUGUAAUUUAUUUAUGAGUUAAGUCCUGCAAAGCCAGUGUUGUUUUUGUAAAUGAUACUUGUGUCAGAUCCUGGUGUAUUUCGUACAUGAACUGACAGUUAGUGGCAACUGACUCACAGAUUUGUUGCUGUAUUUGCAAGACUUGUUUUAGAUUAUUUUAGAUGUGCUACCAUAAGUUUUUCAUACUGUGUGUGUUGACGGGGUUUACCUCAACAUGAUAUCAAUGUGCUCAAGUCACAAGGUGCCUUAGUAUGUUUAACGUCAGUAGGUGUUUCAAAACUGCCAUUACGAGUCUUGGUGUAUUUGUUUUGUUUUUCUAUGAGUUUUUAUUAUGAUAAAUAUUAUUAUUAUUGUUGUUCUUCAAGUAUUAAUUUGAGUAGCCUUGAUUAUGUAUAUCCUAGCUGUAGCCUCAACAUUGUACUAUUGUAUUAAAAUUUAA